UGUCGGCACAACAAAAAAAAUAUUAAAAUAAAAAAAAAUCGAAGCAACAACAACAGUAGUGGAAAAGAAAAUGGAGUUAGUGGAAAUUCCGUGAAGUGAAUGAAGUAAAGUGAAGUAAUGCGAAGCUGAAAAAUAAUUUGAUUGUCUUGUGUGCGCUGGUGCAUAAGGUUCAAUAACAUAAUAUCUCUAAAGGAAAAAUCACAUCAUCUUUUGUGGGGCCAUAUAAAAUGCUCAACAAAAGAGCAAUUUAUCAGCAUCCCAAAAGUGUGCUCCAAAAUGUGUGAAAACCAACACCGAAAACAACAACAACAACAAGACCAAUAACAACAACAACAACUUUAAUAACAAGAAAAGCACACGCGUACAAUUUGUCAAACAGGAAACACUCACACACACACACCCCCCACACACACACACACCUGCACACACACAUCAAAAGCAGCGCGUUGUGAUCUGUUUUUGCGUGCGGCUAAGAAACGCGCGCGUUUUUUAACGCUUGUUCUUCAAUGAUGGAUCCAGACAAAGGAUUAAAACGUGUAGCAUGUUAAAUGGGUUUUAUGUCUGUACAGCUUUCCAUCGAUUUUCGUGUUGCGCCAACAACAGACUGGGGAUGAAACACCGAACAUAUAAGACCGAUUUGAUAUUACAAAAAUAUGCAGAAACAAGAAAAAAGGCGCGAACUGCGCCUAAAGCGAUUCUGGCGCUCACCAAAAACGACAUCCUCGGACGAUUCGACUGGCUAUGAGAGUCCGACGCGAACGAAACCAGCCAGCAGCGAUGCACAGCGUUUCAAUCAUCUGCACUAUACCAGUCUCUCCCAGGGGUCCGGCACCACCUCAUCAUCCGCGGCAGCAGCUGGUGGGGGUGGCGCCACCACAUCGACUAGCAGCAAACCAUCCUGUUCGCUGCCGCUGCUGCAGGUGUGGCCCAGCCAGGACUCACCACGCGGCGAAGCGGAUGGCCAAUCCUUCAUCUUCCCCGCCAUUGUGGAGACGAGCGUGGGCAGCACCAAUCUUGCCGUUGCAUCCACAAGCAGCAGCAGCAGCAAUAACAAUGGCAGCAACAACGGCAGACGCGACAACAAUCAUCUGACACUGAGACGCAGCUCCCUGUACUGUGAUACCCUGCACGCUGGCGAUUCCGGGAUUGACUCGGUGCAGGCAUCGCCAUCGCCAAAUGCGUUUGUAGCACCGCCGGGCGUUCACAUUCUGCCCAGCGGUCAGACCGGCGGCGGCUCGUGUCAUGUGUCCCCAACAAGUACGCCCACGCCGGGCUCGCCGAGUCUGUCGCUUGGACGACGGCAGAUGCGCAACAGCAUCUGUGUGUUGCCCAGCGGUGCUGCCAACUAUCGCCGCAAGUCCAGUGCCCUGCUGCAUCCGGAUCAUGCGCGUCUGUUUGCGUUGCGCAUGAAGCAUGCAGCGGCGCUGGAACGGGCGCAAACAUCGCCGGAUCAGACAUCGAUUGAGGAUGCGAAUGAGUUUCAUGACAAUGGACUGGCCACCAAUAUGCGUUUGUGCUCGGCCUCGUCGUCGACGACGUCGUCGCUGACAUCCGUGGCAGCGGUCAGCCUGGGCGGGGGUGUGGCAGUCGCUGGUAUCGCUGGGGGCAGUGGUUGUGGCAGCAGUGGCGGCAUUGCCACAGCCAGCAGCGGCGCCUGCUCCUCCUCCGCUUUUGCUGUCGGCGCGGCGGGCGCCCAGCAGCGCGUCUCCGAUCCGUGGCUGCAGCCACAGUCCGAUCGCGAUUCGCGUCAUGGACACCAGCAUGAUGGACGCCGUCGCUCAUCGACAAUGACCGCCCGCUAUUCCCUGUUCGAUGCCCUCGAUCUGGAGUACGUGCUGCUCCGGGCGGCGGCGCGCGGCUCUGUGGGUCCCUAUUCACUCAGCGAGUCCAUACACAAGCUGACCUUCACACAGUCGCUGGCAUUUCCAGCGCUCGCCCGCGGUCUGGCGACCAAGCGCCGGAGAUCGGCAACGCACACCAGCUCCAGGCCGCUCAAUCCACACGAAUCGGGCUUGAAUACGUGCGCCAAAGUUGUCACCGCUGUCGUCCUAGUCGCCAUCUCAUUUAUGGUUUUUCUCAUCGUGUACAAAUUUGUGCGCACGUGAGGUUUACUCCUGGCUCCGACGCCAGACUACACCGUCACAUAUCAGUCGAGCACCAGCUUGCAGACGGAAGCCUCGUCCUCCGUCUCCAACGUGUUGGCUUCCUCAACGGCGGGCCGGAGUCUGGGCAAACAUUUGUCGGGGUUCAGGAGUCAAUUGGGCCACAGGGAGGCCGACUUUGGGUAACAGAAAAACAGCGGAAAUUGUAACGAAAAAUUUGUGAUAAACUUUUCAAAUGAUAAAACAAAUUUCCACACACACACACAAGACACACAUACAAAUAAAAAUCAAGGCUUACAACUAGUAAACGUAAAUGGCUUGCAAGUGUUUCAAUUGCAAUAAUAGCAUUAUCAUAA